CACCUGAUCAGCUGAUGUUGAGUGAGAUGCUCAUCUUUGCGGAUCCCUGAGUCGAAAACCUACCGUUAUCUGCGCUAUGCAUGUUAAGCUGGGGUUCUUUAUUUGAGCAACAAAGCGUGGAUCAUAUAUCUAAUACUAUCAACUUAUUGCAGCGACUCUGAUACAAACUUGAUACGCAGCCAUGACAGAAUUCUGGUUGAUCUCUGCUCCUGGGGAGAAAACGUGCCAGCAGACAUGGGACAAGCUGAUGGUGGCCACCACUCGCACCAACAACCUUUCAACCAACAACAAGUUCAAUAUCCCAGAUUUAAAGGUUGGAACACUAGAUGUGUUAGUGGGACUGUCCGAUGAACUGGCUAAGCUUGAUACAUUCGUUGAAAGUGUGGUGAAAAAGGUGGCUCAGUACAUGGCUGAUGUUCUGGAGGACAGCCGAGACAAAGUCCAAGAGAACUUGCUGGCCAAUGGAGUGGACCUGGUGACGUAUAUCUCCAGAUUUCAGUGGGACAUGGCCAAGUACCCCAUCAAACAAUCGCUUAAGAACAUCUCUGAGAUCAUCUCCAAGCAAGCCUCUCAGAUAGAUAAUGACCUGAAGGCCCGAGCUUCUGCCUACAACAACCUGAAGGGAAACCUGCAGAAUCUGGAGAGGAAGAAUGCUGGGAGCUUGUUGACCAGGAGUCUGGCUGACAUUGUGAAGAAGGAGGACUUUGUUCUGGACUCUGAGUACCUGCUUACCAUGCUGGUCGUGGUUCCGAAGACCAGCUACGCUGACUGGCAGAAGACUUACGAGACUCUUGCUGAGAUGGUGGUGCCACGUUCCACCAAGCUCUUAUUUGAGGACAACGACAGCGGUCUGUUCAGUGUCACCCUGUUCCGAAAGGCUUUGGACGACUUCAAGCAUAAGGCCAGAGAAAACAAAUUCACUGUGCGGGACUUCCAGUACAACGAGGAGGAGAUGAAGGCAGACAAAGAGGAGAUGACACGUCUGUCCACUGACAAGAAGAAGCAGUUUGGUCCUCUGGUACGAUGGCUGAAAGUGAACUUCAGUGAGGCUUUCAUCGCAUGGAUCCACAUCAAAGCUCUGCGUGUGUUUGUGGAGUCAGUGUUGAGAUAUGGGCUGCCGGUGAACUUCCAGGCCAUGCUGCUGCAGCCCAACAAGAAGAACAUGAAGAAGCUCAGGGAGGUGCUGUAUGACCUGUACAAGCACCUGGACAGCAGUGCAGCCAUUAUUGAUGCCUCCAUGGACAUCCCAGGUCUGAACCUGAGCCAGCAGGAGUACUACCCCUAUGUUUACUACAAGAUCGAAUGCAACCUGCUGGACUUCAAAGUCUAGAAACGUUGCUCCCAUGACUCCCUGCUGUGUGUGCCGUCAUCUGAUGUGCCCCAUUCCUAAGCUUUAAUUUAGAUUUCUGUAUGUCUUGUCUAUUCUUAAUCAACUUCCACAUUCCUGGGUUAACACUGGAUGCUACAGGAGAAGGAACAGGCUAGUGUCUGCUCAGAAACAGUAAAACCACUGGAUCCAUCCAAGCACAGAUUCUUGGGUUUAUUUGCACAUCUUGGCAAUGCAACACAAACUGCUGCAUAUUUCCAGCACCUCCGAGAAUAUAUAUAGUGAAGUAUUUAUUUAAAGCAUCAUGCAUCAGUGGAUAUGUUUUGGUUUGUUUUUGAAAGUAAAGUGUUUUUAGCCUCAUGUAAAAAUGCGUGUUAAGAAUAGAUGUCGACCCUCAGCCCUACUUGUAAUCCUGUGAACCUGAUUUUAAGUCUUUACAAGCAAUGUUUGCUGAUGGUACUCCCAUUAUUGUGUAUAUCAAGCUGUUGGAGACAAGUGUAUGUGAUUACUGUACUGUAACUAUUACUGGAAAUUGAAACAUAUUUAAGAUAAAUGUUAUAAAAAUAAAUGAUUUAUG